GUAAUUCAAUGCAACAGACGCAGCGCAGCAGCCAUGGCUGAGAACAGAAGAGCUAUUGCGAUGGUGUUCUUCGGAGUCGCAAUGUGGAUUAGUUUGUAUUUCACAAUUGCCCAUGCAUCUGCACCUCCUCCUCUUUACGAAUUCAAAGAUGCCCCUCCUCCUCAUGUCCCACCUCCCCCGAUUUAUGUAUAUAAGUCUCCACCUCCACCAACUUAUAUACACAAGUCUCCACCUCCUCCUAGAUAUGUUUACAAGUCUCCACCUCCUCCGACUUACAUGCACAAGUCCCCACCUCCUCUUACAUAUGUACAUAAGUCUCCACCUCCUCCUACUUACUUGCACAAGUCUCCGCCUCCCUCUACAUAUGUACACAAGUCUCCACCUCCUCCUAUUUACUUGCAGAAGUCUCCUCCUCCCCCUACAUAUGUACACAAGUCUCCACCACCCCCUACUUAUAUACACAAGUCUCCUCCUCCCCCUACAUAUGUGCAUAAGUCUCCACCUCCACCUAUUUACCUACACAAAUCUCCCCCUCUUCCUCCUUAUGUAUACAAGUCUCCACCUCCUCCUUUUUACUUGCACAAGUCUCCUCCUCCCCCUACUUACAUACACAAGUCUCCUCCUCCCCCUACAUAUGUACACAAGUCUCCACCUCCCCCUACUUACAUACACAAGUCUCCACCUCCCCCUACAUACAUGCAUAAGUCUCCACCUCCUCCUAUUUUCUUACACAAGUUUCCCCCUCCUUAUCAUUACAUAUAUAAGUCUCCACCUCCUCCCACUACUCAUUUGCACAAAUCUCCCCCUCCACCUACACACUUACACAAGUCUCCACCCGCACCCAAAAAUAGUGUAAAGCCAGGAUCACCCUAUUAUUAUAAAUCUCCACCACCUCCUCACCACCACCAACAUGACCACCACCACGAUGACCACCAUCACGAUGACCACCAUCACCAUGACCACCACGACCACCAUCACGAUGACCAGCAUCACCAUGACCACCAUGACCACCAUAUUACACCCCCUCCACAUUAUUCUUACAAGUUUCCUCCUCCACUCCACUAUGCAUCACCACCAUUUCCUACCCACAAAUCGCCACCACCUCCUCAUCAUGCCUAAUAAUGAUAGGAAAGAUGAAUGCUUUCAGGAAUGAAAUAAGAGUAGAUGGAUUGGGCUAAAUUCUUUGUUUAGCUGAUCAUUUGGAAUUUGCAAAAUAAAAAUUUGCUUAUUAAUUCUUGUCGUUUCUUCAAUAAGAAUAUUAUUAUUCUUAUGUUGGAUGUUACGGGCUUUAGUCCCAAGCUGUGCCAUAGAUCUAGUACUAUUAAGUAUUAUUCCAUUACUUUGUCCACGACAUAUUGUAAUGCACUUUUCAAUAAUUGAAAUUCUUUUUAUCUAUCA